AUGGGAAAGAGACGCAUCAAAGACAAAACUGCAGAGUCUGACAAGUCUCUGGAUACACUGGAACCUGUGUGCAAACAUAUUCGUAAAGGAUUGGAUCAAAGCCAUCUGAAAAAGGCACUGCUGGACCUGGACAGACAUGUUUGUCAGGAAUGUAAGGCAGACAAUAAGGCACAAGAGAAGUCUGAGGAGGAGCAAACUGAUGAAGGCCCUUCAAUAUGGUUAUGCCUAAAAUGUGGCCAUAGGGGCUGUGGCAGAAAUUCUCCAGACCAGCAUGCUUUAAAGCAUUAUGCAACACCAAGAUCAGAUCCCCAUUGUUUGGUUCUCAGUUUGGACAACUGGAGUGUGUGGUGCUACAUAUGUGAUAAUGAAGUUCCAUAUAAUACUUCAACCCGAUUGGGCCAAGCUGUGGAAUUUGUUAGAAAACAAGUUCAUAUUGACUCAUCACAAACAGUAGAAAAACAACAAGAACACCAAGAGCUUGAAAAUAAAAAAGUAGAAAAAGACAGCAAGAAUGAGCAAGAAAAAGAAGUCUCACUUAAAGAAGAGAAUUCUCGUUCAACUACUAACUUGGAAGUCACUGUGAAAGGACUUAGUAACUUGGGGAACACAUGCUUCUUUAAUGCAGUGAUGCAGAAUUUAUCACAAACUCCAGUCCUGAGGGAGCUGCUUAAGGAAGCUAAAAUGCCUGGCACAACAGUUAAAAUCGACUUGCCUGAGUUAUCCAUGCAGGAACCUCAGCUGAUAAAACUAGAUCAGCCAGGUCCUUUGACGUUAGCCAUGCAUCAGUUCCUGACAGAAAUGCAAGAAACAAAGAGAGGGGUAGUCACUCCUAAGGAACUUUUUGCUCAGGUUUGUAAAAAAGCAAUACGAUUUAAAGGUUAUCAGCAGCAAGACAGUCAUGAAUUGCUUCGUUACUUACUCGAUGGAAUGAGAGCAGAAGAAAUUCAGCAAGUAAGUGUUGGAAUACUGAAGGCGCUGACUGACUCUAACAAACAAAAUGAAGAAGAACUUAAAAAUAAAAUUAAAGAAUAUGAAAAGAAAAAGGGAAUACAGAGUUUUGUAGACCGAAUCUUUGGUGGAGAAUUAACCAGCAUGAUUAUGUGUGAGGAAUGCAGAACUGUAUCCUUGGUCCAUGAGCCUUUUCUUGAUUUGUCGCUUCCUGUACUAGAUGUUCAGAAAGCAAAAAUUACAAAGAGAGAAAAUGUUAAAAAAAACAAAGAAAAGGAAUCCGAAGAUGAAGAGGAUAAAAUCAAUGACCACUACCUUAAACAGAAAGAUGAGCCCCCUGCUAUAAGUAAGCACCUUCAGAAAAAAGUGAAGAAACAGGCCAAAAAACAAGCCAAGAGCCAGCGCCGCCAGCAAAAACUUCAAGGAAAAAUGCUUCACUUGGCAGAUCUCUGUGCAACUGAACGGUCGGAGAUGGAUGUCAAGUAUAACCAAGAAUCAGAGACAGAAAUUAACUCUGAAACUCUUGACGUGAAGCAACCAGAGGAAUCAUCAAAUGAUUGCAAAGAUCACUGCUUAACUCAAAAAGACUCAAGUAUACAGGGAAGUAGUACAGAAGUUCAGAGCAUGCAUGAAAAUACAGCAAAGCCAGAGCAAGAGUGUGUAGAAAAUAAGUCUCUCACAGAUCUCCCUGUGGAAGGCUUAGAUUCUCCUGUAAAGUUUGUCAAUGGCCUUGACAGCUUGUCAUUGAAAGAUGAGGAUGAUGACAAUGAAGAUGAGGAAGAGCUUGCUACUGACUUUUCAAAACUACACUUGGCUGCCAGUGAACCUGAUACAAACACUUUAGAUGACCUUCAUACGGUUCCCAACAAGACACAUGAAGUAUUGAUGGAAGAUCCUGAAAUGGCAUUUUGUACUCUGGCAAACAGGGAAGAUCUGAACCCAGAAGAAGGUUCAAUCCAUCACUGUUUAUAUCAGUUUACCCAUAAUGAAAAACUUACUGAGACCAAUAAACUACUGUGUGAUGUAUGUACACAAAGACAUUGUGGACCAAAGAACAACGUAAAAAGUGAAAAGAAGUAUGUUUAUACAAAUGCCAAAAAGCAGAUGCUAAUCUCUCUUGCUCCUCCAGUUUUAACUCUUCACUUAAAGAGGUUUCAGCAGGCUGGAUUUAAUCUACAGAAGGUUAACAGGCAUAUCAAGUUUCCAGAAGUGAUAGACUUGGCUCCUUUCUGUACAGCUAAAUGUAAAAAUGUGGCUGAAGGGAGUACAAAGGUGUUGUACUCUCUCUAUGGAGUUGUUGAACACAGUGGAACAAUGAGGUCUGGGCACUACACUGCUUAUGCUAAAAUGAGAACUAUGAACAACCACCUCUCUGAUCUUGUCCUUCGAGGACAAUCUCCUCAAGCUUUAGAAACUGAACCAGUCAAGGGGCAGUGGUUCCACAUCAGUGAUACUCACGUCCAACCUGUCUCUGCAUCCAAAGUGCUGAGCUCACAAGCCUAUCUUCUGUUCUACGAGCGGCUGCUGUAACUCAUCCGAAGAGCCAUCUUGUGCACGCAGCCCCACCUUCUUCAGGUGGCCUGAGAGAAGGCAGAGACUUGCAAAUGAUGUCGUUAACAUGUUGGAGCUACUGUAUACAACAGCAGGAAGUCACUUUAUGCUUAGACACACUGACAAGUGGUUAACUUGUAUUUUUUCCAG